AAUGAGGAAAGAAAAAUAGUGCAAAAAGAAAAAAGAAAAAGGACAUCGUUGUCUUCCGAAUUUCCGAUCUAUGGAGAACUCAUACCCUUUUAUGUCCAGUAGUUUGGUAUCGCAAAUUUAACAUCCUAAAAAAGCCAUAAACACGAAACUUUUUUUAAAAAUAAAAUAAAAUCCGAAACUGAUAAAAAGGCACUUCCACUUUUCUCUCACUUUCUUGCAGCAACCUGUUCAGAAGAUCAACCGCGCAACUGGACAAUCAGGAGAGAGAAAUUAAAGAAAAAACUGAACUACUUUACAAAUAUGGCGGAAAAUGACGCCACUCCCUCUGUUAAACCACCACCACCGCCUAAACCACCGUCUUCUUCAUCUUCUUUGCAGCGCCCCACAAUUACUUUACCUUCUAGAGCAGGGAUCGAAUCGUUGUUUAGUGGCUCAGGAUUUGGGCUUAGCCCGGGUCCGAUGACACUUGUUUCCAGUUUCUUCUCUGAGAACGAUCCUGACUCUGACUGCCGCUCUUUCUCUCAACUCCUUGCUGGUGCUAUUGCUUCCCCUCGACCUCCUUCUGAACCGGACCUGGUCCGGUUCAAGGAAAAUCGACCCGCUAGUUUGGUGAUUUCUCCGCCACCGACGUCGCAGCAGCAGCAAGGAGGUGGCGGUGGCGGUGGAGGAGGGUUUUUUAUGCUUUCUCCUGGGCUUAGUCCGGCUACGCUCCUCGAUUCGCCCGGUCUUUUUCCCGGACAGGGUCCGUUCGGAAUGUCUCAUCAGCAAGCAUUAGCUCAGGUUACUGCACAAGCUCAAGCUAACUUACAAAUGCAGGGUGGCUUUCAAUCUUCAUUAGCAUUAGUUCCUUCCACAUCAGACCCAUUUCCUGGUUUUUCCUCUGAGAUGUCAAUGGAACAUAAUAUACUAUCUUCUGCACCAGAUUCUAGAGAAAUCAAAGAGGCUGCCCAAGUUUCUGGUUCUGAUCAAAGAUCACAAUUUUCGUCCAUUAUUGCUGACAAGCCUGCCGAUGAUGGAUACAACUGGAGGAAAUAUGGGCAGAAGCAAGUGAAAGGUAGUGAAUAUCCGCGAAGUUAUUACAAAUGCACACAUGCUGCCUGUCCUGUCAAAAAAAAAGUGGAGCGUUCUCUUGAUGGCCAAGUCACUGAGAUUAUAUACAAGGGCCAGCACAAUCAUCAGCCACCACAGAAACGCUCAAAAGACAGUGGAAUUCUUAAUGAAAAUCCUGGAACUCAAGGAAACCCUGACUCUGCUAUGCAGCCACAAGCUAAUAACACGAGUGAAACCAUGGCUUACUCAUUGUCUAAAAGGGAUCAAGAGUCUAGCCAAGCUACCACUGAGCAUUUGUCUAGUGAUGAGGAGGAAGUGGGCAAUGCUGGAGCUAGAGAAGCCAGAGGGGAUGAAGAUGAACCCGAUGCCAAAAGAAGGAUUACGGAAGUCCGGGUGACGGAACAAACUGCUUCGCAUAGGACAGUUACGGAACCUAGGAUCAUUGUUCAAACAACUAGCGAAGUUGAUCUUCUGGAUGAUGGCUAUAGGUGGCGCAAGUAUGGACAAAAAGUUGUCAAAGGCAAUCCAUAUCCAAGGAGUUAUUAUAAAUGUACUUACGCAGGAUGCAAUGUGCGUAAGCAUGUAGAACGUGCAGCUUCAGACCCUAAAGCAGUCAUUACAACUUAUGAAGGCAAGCAUGACCAUGAUGUCCCAGCUGCUAGAAUGAGUAGCCAUAAUACAGCCAACAACAACUCAUCACAAAUGAGACCACACAAUAACAAUUCUUAUGUUGGUAAGACAGAUUUUACAAAUACUCAUCAACAGCCUGUAGCACUUCUAAGGUUAAAAGAAGAAAGAAUUACGUAGAUGUUUGUGUCAGAAGAUAAUUAUUUUAGAGUCAAAAUACAGAUCUCAAUCACUAUUUUGGGCACUCUGUUCUUUCUUUCUCUGAAUCUACACGGCCAGAAUUUUAUCUUGGCCCAGGGACCUUGCCAUUGAUACACAAGAAAGAGCCAAGUAUACAGGAAAUAUUGAACAUAGCUGUAAUCAAGAAUCUCGUAAGAGUAUGGAAAAGGAAUUAUGCCUGUGUUGUAUUUGUUAGUACUUUUGUUGUAUGUGUACACUAGUCUAGUAGAUCUUACUUAUUAUUUUGAGUUUUGACAUGUAUUCUUUUGUACACGGGGAAACAAAGAAUUGUUGUAACACUUCAUUCAUGUAGGGAAAUAUAAAAAGUUCGGAUUGUAAGUUC